UCGACGCCUCGCUUGGCUUUGAGCGGCUCGAAGAGGGCGCCUUGCGUGAGGCCUGGCUUGUCGGCAUGCACCCGACGCUCGUACGCGCCGACGACGACGCGGGAGGCGUGUCGCGCGGCGGGCACGCCGGCGUCGACUUUUACUUCAUCCAGGACGACGCAGUCAGCUUUAAGGUAACUGUGCUGUACCAGCCUUACUUCUUCCUCGCCUGCCGUCCUGGCACCGAGACGAGCGUCGAGGAGUGGCUGUUGCGCAAGUACGCGGGGACGGUCGUGCGCGUCGAGCGUGUGUGGAAGGAAGACCUCAAGCUGCCUAACCAUCUCGUCAACAACCAGCGCCUCAUGCUCAAACUGUCCUUUGACAAAGUACAGGAUCUUCUCUCCGUCCGCCGCGAACUGCUGCCCAUCGCACAGGAGGCGAAGAAGAAGCUCAACGCCUUCGACACGUACGCCGACGCCCUCUUCGCCGCGGAUUCUGGCGCGAAUGGCAGAGCGAACGGCGCCGCAGACGGCGUGGGUGUGGAUGGAGUAGCAGUAGGCUAUGGUAACGCUGCGAGAAGCAUGCCACUCGAUAUCCACUUUGAGCAGCACGAGAUCCUCGACGACCGCUGGACGGGCGGGAGGGCGAGGAAUGGCAAGGGCAAGGCGCAAGAUGGCAAAGGGGGCAGAGGUGUCGAUCCGCAAGACUGCAUAAUCGACAUUCGCGAGUAUGACGUCCCGUACUACCUGCGAGUUGCCAUUGACAAUAAUAUCCGUGUCGGACUGUGGUACAAUGUCGAGUUCAACGAUGGAAAAGUGACGCUAUCCGGCGUGCCGUCGCGCGUGAAGCGUGCUGAGCCGUGCGUCCUGGCGUUCGACAUUGAGACAACUAAGCAGCCCCUCAAGUUCCCGGACGCCGAGACGGACGUGGUGAUGAUGAUCUCGUACAUGAUCGACGGCCAGGGCUUCCUCAUCACCAACCGCCAGGUUGUGUCGCAGGACAUUGACGACUUCGAAUACACGCCCAAGGAUGAGUACGAGGGCCCUUUCAUCAUUUUCAACGAGCCAGACGAAAAGGCACUGCUCGAACGCUUCUUCAGGCACUUCCAGGAGACCCGGCCUAGGGUCGUCGCGACGUACAACGGUGACUCAUUCGACUUUCCCUUUGUAGAAGCCAGAGCGCUCGUGCACGGCAUCAACAUGGCCAGCGAGAUUGGCUUCAGCAAAGAUAGCGAGGGAGAGUAUAAGAGCAGGGCGUGCGCGCACAUGGACUGCUUCCGCUGGGUCAAGCGCGACUCGUACCUCCCACAGGGUAGCCAGGGCCUCAAGGCCGUCACGGUCGCCAAGCUCGGCUACGACCCCAUCGAGCUAGACCCAGAGCUGAUGACGCCGUAUGCGAUCGAGCACCCACAGCUGCUCGCGCAGUACUCAGUCUCGGACGCCGUCGCGACGUACUACUUGUACAUGAAGUACGUUAACCCGUUCAUAUUCUCGCUCUGCAACAUCAUUCCGCUCAACCCGGAUGAGGUGCUGCGCAAGGGUACCGGCACGCUAUGCGAAACGCUGCUCAUGGUGCAAGCGUACGACGCCAAUAUCAUCUUUCCCAAUCGGCACGUCGAUCCAGUAGGAAAUGAGUACAAAGGGCAUGUGCUCGAGUCGGAGACGUACGUCGGUGGUCAUGUUGAGGCACUCGAAGCUGGCGUCUUCCGCAGCGACAUUCCGACGGAUUUCAAAAUCAAUCCUGAGAGUGUACAGCAGCUCAUUGACGAUUUAGAUGCAGCACUGGCAUUCUCGAUCGUUGAGGAGGGCAAAAUGUCGCUCAACGACGUCAUCGACUACGGCACGGUCAAGGCGGAAAUCCAGGCGAUGCUCGAAGUCCUGCGCGACAACCCGCUGCGCAAGGACCCGCCGCUCAUCUACCAUCUCGACGUCGCGGCCAUGUACCCGAACAUCAUGCUGUCCAACCGCCUGCAGCCUGACUCGGUCGUCACGGAGGCAGAUUGCGCGACGUGCGACUACAAUCGGCCAGGAAUGGAGUGUGACAAGCGAAUGAACUGGGCCUGGCGCGGAGAGUACUUUCCCGCCAAGCGCGAUGAAGUCAACAUGAUCAAGCAUGCGCUCACCAAUGAGAAUUUUCCACCCAAGUGGCCCGGUGGGCCGCGUAGGGACUACUGGGACCUGUCCCCGGCCGAGCAGAAUGCGUUGUUGCACAAGCGCCUCGGGGACUACAGCCGCAAGGUGUACAAGAAGACUCAUGAUACACAAACUGUCGUGCGCGAGGCGAUCAUCUGCCAACGCGAGAACCCGUUCUACAUCAACACUGUGCGCGGCUUCCGCGAUCGUCGAUACGAGUACAAAGGUCUGCAUAAGACGUGGAAGAAAAACCUCGACAAGGCGCAGAGCUCCGGCAGCCUGACAGAGAUUGUUGAUGCCAAGAAGAUGAUCGUGCUAUACGACUCGCUCCAGCUCGCGCACAAGUGUAUCCUCAACUCAUUCUACGGGUACGUCAUGCGCAAAGGCGCACGCUGGUACUCAAUGGAGAUGGGGGGCAUCACGUGCUUGACCGGCGCGACGAUUAUCCAGAUGGCCAAAGAGCUCGUCGACAACAUUGGUCGCCCGCUUGAGCUCGACACGGACGGGAUCUGGUGUAUGCUUCCAGGCGUCUUUCCAGAAAAUUUUAGCUUCACCUGCACCAGUGGCAAAAAGUUCCAGAUCUCCUACCCUUGCACCAUGCUAAAUUAUCUCGUCCACGAAAAGUUCACCAACCACCAGUAUCACGAGCUCAUUGACAAGGAGACCGGGCGCUACGAGGUGCACAGCGAAAAUUCCAUCUUUUUCGAGCUGGACGGACCGUACCGCGCAAUGAUCCUGCCGUCAAGUAAGGAGGAGGACAAGCUGUUGAAGAAGCGUUAUGCCGUCUUUGAGCAUGAUGGCUCACUUGCAGAGCUCAAAGGCUUCGAGGUGAAGCGUCGAGGCGAGCUGCAGCUCAUCAAGGACUUCCAAAAGCAGAUCUUCAAUAAGUUCCUCCUCGGCGACACGCUUGUCGAGUGCUACGCCGCCGUAGCCAAGGUCGCCGAUCAGUGGCUUGACGUCCUCUACUCCAAGGGUGCCACACUCGACGACGAUGAGUUGAUCGACCUCAUCGCCGAGAACAAGAGCAUGUCCAAGACGCUCGCCGAGUACGGCACGCAAAAGUCUACCGCGAUCACGACGGCGAAGCGACUAGCCGAGUUCCUUGGCGCGCAGAUGGUCAAAGACAAGGGCCUCGCUUGCAAAUUCAUCGUUUCUGCCAAACCACACGGCGCUCCUGUCACCGACCGCGCUGUGCCGGUGGCCAUCUUCAGCGCCGAGCACAGCGUCAAGCAGCACUAUCUGCGCCGCUUCCUUAAGGACAACAGUCUCACCGACUUUGAUCUGCGUAGCAUCCUCGACUGGGAGUACUACAUUGAUCGCUUCGGCGGCGUCAUUCAGAAGCUCAUCACCAUCCCUGCGGCGAUGCAGAAGGUGCCGAACCCGGUUCCGCGUGUCCGUCAUCCUGACUGGCUGUUCAAGCGCGUCGCCGCACGCCAGGACAAAUUCAAGCAGCAUUCAAUCAAGGACAUCUUCCAGAAGCAAGCCCUUCUUGCGCCACUGCCCAAACAAGAUGCUGGUGACAGCACAGAUCAGGUGCCCGGCGAGCAAGCUGCGACCAAAGUCAACAAAAUGGCCGUGCCGCCGCCACUGUCUCCUGAAGAGAAGACACCAGACCCCAACGCUGAUUACCCGGGGUGGUUAAACGUCAUGCGCAAGAAGUGGCGCGAAACUCGCAAGACGCGCAAGUUGGAACAUCGCGUGGCUGGCCGCUCGGCUCUGAACAGCACGAUGGGAUCAAUGUUUUCGCGGCAAUCUGCUUCGAUGGCUAACGCCAAAUGGGACGUCAUCUCUGUCGCUCCCGGUCUGCGUCCGGGCGACUUCAAACUGUGGAUCGCCUUCGAAGGUCGCAUCCAGGGACUCAAGCUUCGCGUCCCGCGACAAUUCUACGUCAACUUCAAAGGUGCUCUUCAGCACUACGAACUGCCAGAGGAUGUCACAGUGACGGCCAUUAGCAAAACGCUACCGCGCGGCCACAUCGCUCGCAAUCUGAUUCGCUUCACGGUGCCAGAAUCGACAUUCGUUGAGGAGGAGGCCUUGUUCUCAUCCCUUACGAACAACCCGCACGUUGACGGCAUCUUCGAGAUGAACGUCCCACACCAUGUGCGUGCUCUGCUCCGACUCGGCUCACACUGCAUGAUUAAACCAGGUCUACAAAGCAAGUUCAGCCGCGCUCUUGACCAGGGAUUCGAGCUUGAAGAUCUCGUCAAGGCUGAGCAGUCAUCGAUCAACAGGCGAAAGUACCUCAAUCAAGGGCGUCUGUUCCGCUACUUUUAUCUCUACCACGGCGCUACUGACAGCCGUCAAUUCCUCACUCUCAUCUCGCCGGACGGCCGUCUCACAGUGCAUAUCGUAGAUAGCGCAGGUCUGCGCCAGCUUCCCCGUCUCGAGAAUGUGUACGCCAUCAGUGUUGCCAAUGGCAAGAGCAAAGGAAGGCUGGGCCCAGGAAACGGUGCUUUCGAUUACACAGACACGAUCGAAGUCGACGUCAAAGUGCAUAGCACGGAAGCGAGAGCGCUAAAGGCCAUCGGCAGAGAACUCGCCAGCAGAAAGGGCGCAAUGCAGAGUUCGACCAUGCUGGCGAUCUGCACCUCUCGCCCUCUUUCCUUCUACGAAGCUGGAAUGGGCAGUGCGGCGAUGGAUCUACCCGUCAUCACGGUGCCAGCGUCCCGCAUGGACGAUGAACUACCGGCUCUCAAUUGGCAGGUCUACUCUGCCAAACGCAUGCUUGGCAACUAUCUCCAGGUUUCUGCCUGGCUUGCUGGCUGGAUCGACCUUGCAGAAGAGUACGACAUUCCGGUGUGCAACCUGGAGAGAGAUCAUGCGCUUUUUGCCGCCGACAUCGACUUUGCACGUGCGUUGCAAAGCCAGGACAUGGUGCUCUGGUGGUCUUCAACGGACCAGCCAGACCUCGGAGGCAGCGAAGACGACUCACAUCAAGUCCAGAAAUGGGACGAGCACGAUCACAUGGAAAUCUCCAGACCGGGACUCUAUUCUAACGUCGUCCUCGAAGUCUCCUUAAAGCAUCUUGCGCUCGAUGCCGUCCUGCAGUCAAGUAGCGUUAAUGAGAUGGAGGGCAGCGGUCCGGGCUCUAUGGCAUUCGAUGCGUCCUCUCACAAUUUGGAUGAGUACUCGAAGGGCGUAGCGCACAGUGCAUCCGCGCUGGGUGAUUCCAUUCUCACACCGAUAGUCUUUGCAACGGUGAAGGCAUUGGUGCGGAUGUGGUACACGAAGAAAAUCAAGGCCAAGUCGGAGCACAGUGCGCAUCUUGCGGACAACUUUUGGCGAUGGGUCUCUUCCAAGUCGUCAGCGAUGCACGAGCCAGCGAUCCAGCGCUUCUUGCACGGGCUCAUGCGCAAGACGCUUCUACAGAUGCUGGCUGAAUUCAAGCGACUUGGGUCAGACGCGGUCUAUGCAAAUUUUAACCGCAUCUUCCUGUGCACCAACAAGCCGACUGCUGGAAGCGCUGCAGCGUAUGGCCGCUAUCUCAUGACCGCCGUGGGUGGCUGCGAGUUGUUCAAGCAUGUCGCGCUUGAGAUUGUCAAUCCGUGGGAGUACCUACUGUGGAUGGACCCUGCGAAUUUCGGUGGUGUCAUCUGCCAGGAUCCCUUUGCUGCUCAACCAAGCACUUCUUUCACCGUGGAGAUGAACUGGAAUAUCGAGACUUUCCUGCCGCCGGCCGUUCAGCAGCGCUUUGCAAGCGCUAUCGGAGGCUUCAUUCACAACCUCUACGAGGCCAAACGCGAAGGUGCUGCGCUCUUGGAGCGCACGCCGCUUCGUGCCGCCCAACCAGUGAAGGAUAUCUCGACCGCUACAGCCAAAUGGCCUGUCUCCCGCGGCGCGCUCGAGGAGAGCUACAGUGAGAAACGUCUCAAGCACAUGCGCGACACAGUCAACCAUCGGAUGACGCGCCGAUUACUGCGAAACGUGUCUGACAUCCAGAAUGGUGUUGCUGCAGCACUCGCUGCGGGCGACCCUGAGGAGCAAGGGGAAUACGCCUUCCCAGAGCUGCCUGGCUCUCACCUCCGACUCCGAAAUCCAGCAAUUGAAUUUAUCAAGAGCGUCUGCGCAGCUUUGAGUCUUGCAUCUGAAGUCUCAGCUGAAGUGCAGGUCUGCAAGCGCAACCUCCUCGAGUACAUUGGCAUUCGAGAAUUCUCGCCUGAAGCUCAUUGGGCCAACCCCUGCGAGCCAUUCCGACUGCACCUUGUCUUUUGCAAUUUUUGCAGCGAAAGUCGGGACUUUGACCUGUGCAGGGACCCAGAUCUUACCCUGGCAGGAACGAGGCAUCAAUGGCGAUGCCCCAAUUGCAAGUACCCCUACGAUCGCACCGCGAUUGAGGAGCGCCUCGUUGCCAUUGCACAAACGUACGUCGAGAACUAUACGCUUCAAGACUUGAGAUGCAACAAGUGCAGCAAAGUCCGCGCCGACAAUCUGGCCAAGCAAUGUAAUUGCUCCGGCUCUUGGGGGCUCACGAUCAGUAGGAUGCAGACGUUGCGCAGGCUCAAGAGCCUCAGGAGCAUUGCGGCUUUCCAUUCCCAGCCUUAUCUCCAAGAGGCAAUCGAUGACAUGCUGGUAUGCACAUGACAGUACACAUUCACUCUGUAUUAUACACACGGGCAUUGGUUGAUUACAAGUCCAUUCCAGCUGCGGCCUGUGCAAGCUCCUCAUCGCGCUCCCUCAACGUCUCAUCACAGAUUCGC